AACGGCCACACUUUCCCUUUUCAGAUUUCGUUUCCGGCAAGGUGUUUUUUCUCCGCGUUUUUUUUGCAAUUUUAACCGACUGUCGAGUACCUAGCUUGCCAUGUGCCAUUAAGCCGACUGGCGAUUGCAACGAAUAUCAAGUCGAAUUAUCAUUAAAGAAAGUAACCCGCCCUUGUAGUUUAUAGAAAUUUUAAAUCAUGGACAAUUCAGGAAACAACCGCUACGAACUGUUGUUCUUGGACGACGAGGAUGCUGUUGCGUCGCAGGUGAAUGUGGCCGCCAUUGCGGUGCCGGCUAAGAAGCAGGAGGCCCCCAAGGCGGCCAAGAGCAAACCGGAGAAGGAGAACAAGCCGGUGGCGCCGAAAAAGGCCACCAACGCUGUUGUCCAGGGCAAGAGCCCGGUGAAGGGCGGCAAAGUUGCCAAUGCCGGCGUCAAAAACCAGGUGACCAACGGCGCCCAUCCGGGACCAGUUCGCAGCAACCCGCGCUUCGGCAACAGGGAGAACAACCAUGCCGGUAACUCUGAGUUUGGCAACGAGCUGCCCCAGCGGCAGUUCAACAAUCGUGAUAAUCGGGGACCUCCACGCUUCCGCGGCGGCGAGCGCGGCGAGAAGUUCGGAAAACGGGAGUUCGACCGCCAGUCGGGAUCCGAUAAAACCGGAGUUAAGGCCAUUGAUAAGCGCGAUGGCGGCGGUGCCCAUAACUGGGGAUCCCCGAAGCAGGACAUCGAGGAUCUGAAGACCGGCGAGUCGGCCCCGCAGGCGGACAAAGACGACUCGGUCAAUGAGGUAUCGGCGGAGGCGGCCAUCGCUGCUGAGGAGGACGAGUCCAAGCAGAUGACUCUUGACGAGUGGAAGGCUCUGCGGGACCAGCGCGCCAAGCCCAACUACAACUUGCGCAAGGCCGGCGAGGGCGUCGACAACUCCGAGUGGAAGAAGAUGGUUGUGCUGAGCAAGAAGAAGGAGAGCAACAGCGAGGAUGAGAUGGAGUAUGACCCGUCUCUGUAUCCGCAGCGUGUGGGCCGUCUUCAGCGCAUCGUCGACAUUCAAUUCAACUUCAAUGACGGACGCAAGGCUGGUGGCUUCCGCAAGGGCCCGCGCCCGGGUGGACCACGGGGCGAGGGAUUCCGUGGAGAGGGACCCCGCGGCGAGGGUGGCUUCCGUGGCGACGGACCGCGCGGAGAGGGCGGAUUCCGUCCCGAUGGACCUCGCGGAGAGGGCGGCUUCCGUGGUGCCGACGGACCCCGCGGCCAGCGAUUCAACAACAAUAGCAACGGUUACGAGCGACAGGAGAACAACCGAUCCGGAGACAAGCGCCGCAACGGUCCAAAGCCUCUUAAAGUUGACGACGAAGCUCAAUUCCCGACUCUCUCUUAGGGGCGAGGACAAUAAAUGAUUUCACGUAUUAGUAAUAGUAAGCAGCUGCGGUUAACGAAUAACCACAAGAACUUCGGCCGUUAUCCAUGAAGCUUGACGACCGAGUAAAGAACCAACAAAAACAAACAAAUCCACGCUUACCCCAUAAUUCCUUAGUUUUAAACAAAAAUUUUUGAAUUUUUUCACUCAUCCUAUACGCAUUUAUUAUAACUAUUACAAAUAGUUGAAAUGUUGAAAUAAAUUUAAACCAUUAAAGACCAAGGGACAGCUCAUUGGUUAAAAUUA